CCCAUACAUAAUAUGUGUAUGUUUAUUAUAUAGCAAAUUUAAAACUUAAAUCAGUCAAUAUGACGCUCUUAAGUAAAUGUUUUACUCCGUUCAUUCACUUAUAGUUUCUACGUAUAUAAACUGACAUAUGUGUCAGCAUCAGCUGAUGCCUAAGCUCUUUAGAACAUAAAGAGAGUCAAUUGUGCAUUAAAAGAGUAAACCAAAUAAUAAGAGCAAACAUUUUUAACAAUUCUUUUAUAUAAGUACCCCCAUUAAUACAUAAAUAUUGCCCAAUACAAAAUAAAGCUGCAAACGUUUCCAGAGCACAAGCCAACGGCAGACCAGUCGGCGCAAAGCAAAUGUUAGCGAACAAAAGUGACAACAGCAAACAAUGGUUGGGUCGUCAAAUGCAGCAGUCGGUCGUCUGAGUUUUUGUGAGUUGGUUGAUUGGUUGAUUUGUUACUAAACGCAUGAGUAUAUAUGUACAUAAAUAUCUACAUAUAUUUAAUCGUAUUUAUUGUGCCGUGACCAACAUUUCUAACGCAAUUUCCACAAAAUAAUAAUUUGCUUUACCCAACAGCUGAUUGCGUCGCGCUGUGCCAGAAAAAAAUCGAAACGUUAGGUAAAUAUAUCGACGUUACCUUCGCAGUGAAAAACUUUAUUUCUUUAUGACAAGAUUCAACGUUUUUAAAAAAGUUAUACACGUAAUUAUUAAAUGAUUGCUAUGCUAUAUUUUCAAUUGAAAUUGUUGUGUUAAUACAUUUGUUUACCAAACAGAAAACGAAGUCCAAUCUGCCAUCAGUUAUUUUGACAUAUUGGGCGUUUAUUUGUAUGUAUGUAUGUAUAUAUAUAUACAUGAACUUAAGAACAUUUGCAUUUAAGUGGCUAACGCUAGCUCUGGUGCCUAGUAAAGCGUUUGGCAAUAAAUAUUCCCGCUCUAUCUGCUUGCACUUAUCGGCCGUCGCUACUUCCUGCUGUGUUGUUGCUGUUUUGAUUAUUGGAGGAAUAUCGACGAGCGCGAAAUUAUGUAAAAAAGUGCAAUAACACAAGCGUUGAUUUGUGUGGUGUUCCCAAAUAUAUUAAUUUUGUUCAAAGAAAAAUACAAAUAUUCAUUCUAAGCUAAUAAAUAGUGUGGCAAAAAAGAAAUUAAAAGGAAAAUUUAAUAAAAAUAAAAAAAUUUAAAAAACACAAUUAUAAAACGCCAGUGCUAGCGUGUGAAAUAAAACCAUUCAUUGUACAUACCUCCUGCAAAUAAGAGAACUAUCUUAAAGUGUUGUGUGUGCGACGGCGAAAGUGUGGAAAGUUAAAAUGCAUAUGUAUAUUCAUAAUAUUGUGAUCACUAGUUUAAGCAAUACCUGUGCUUGAGUCAGCAUUUCACUUGUAACGUAUUCUUGUGUUAUUCACCUCCUAGAUUCUUAUGAAAGAAAGUAAUUAAUAGCUGACAGCUUGCCUGAUAACAGCAACAACAAAAAAAUUGUAUUUCGAAAAUACGAAAUAAGCAACAGAAGAAUUGAUGUGAUGUGAUAACAACAUUUAACAAAGAAACCAAUCAAUUUGAAAAGCGUUCGUAAAUUUGCACUCGAACAUUUCAAACGCAGACGCGCACCACACGGCAACGCAACAAGACAACCUACUCCAUUGGCAGCUGGCAGCGUAGGGGUAGCGAAUCGAGUUUAUGUUGGCAACGGCAACGAAGCAGGCACUUCGUCUUCACUAUCAUUGAGCGCUGGUAGCAUCAAGUUUACACGAUUGUCAUCAGUGGACGCACUCGAAUUAGCGAGUGUAGUAAAAGUUUCAAAGCCGACCGGAACUAAGCCGAAACUUCCGAAACGUUUACGAGCGACACCAACAACAAUAUCCACAUCGAUCACACCACGCACAAGCUUACGUCACAAGCAAUAUAAACAACGGUUACAAAAUCAUCCGUAUACUGAUGUGGAUGUGGCUGCAAGCGAAUUGAGAAAGAUGGCACAACAGAAUGGUGAUAAUGAAACUAAACCUCUCACACAGGCGUACCUAACGGAGAAGCCAAAAAUACAACCGAAAUAUGACGUGCAUCGCGAUGUCUUAUCCCACGAGGUGGUUAUCAAACAGACUGGCUAUGGUGCGCGCGACAAAAGUAUACCAUCGGGUGUACGUCGCUCUUGGGCGCAUUGGUCCUUUCUGUCGCUAUUUGUCGGCAUAAUACCGAUUGUACAAUGGUUGCCACGCUAUUCGCUGCGCCGUGAUGCUAUGGGUGAUAUUGUAGCUGGUAUAACGGUGGCGAUUAUGAAUAUACCCCAUGGUAUGGCGUACGGCAUAUUGGCGGGUGUGACACCGGGUUGUGGGCUCUCGCUCGCUAUUUUCCCCGUGAUAGUCUACAUGAUAUUGGGUACAUCGAAGCAUAUAUCGAUUGGAACUUUUGCUGUGAUAUCUAUGAUGACAUUGAAGGUGGUACAAACGUAUGCGACUGAAGACCAUGUGCUCUUAGUACCGACGGUAGCGAUAAAUAGCACGUUGGGUGAUGCAGCGGAAGCUGUAAAGAUGGCUGAGAUAAUAACGCCCGUCGAAGUGGUAACAGCGUUGGCGUUUUGCACGGGAUUGCUACAUCUCGCGAUGGGUUUCUUUCGGCUGGGCACAUUAUCAGCACUACUUAGCGAACCGCUGGUUAAUGGCUUUACUACUGGCGCCGCCGUACAUGUCACCGUUAGCCAGUUGAAGGAUGUGCUCGGCGUGCAAGUGCCACGUUAUAAGGGGGCCUUUAAAAUCGUCUUCACCGUCAUUGAUCUCUUUAAGUCUAUACCAAAAACGAAUAUCAUUGCGCUUACCAUUUGCCUUUGCAUUAUGGUCUUCAUGACGAUCUGUAAUGAAUGGAUUAAGCCUUGCCUUAAGAAACGUUGUCGCUUGCCUUUCCCCGGCGAGUUGAUAUCCGUUAUAGGCGGUACCCUGAUCUCACGUCUACUCGAUCUGCAUGGCAACUAUGCUGUGACAUUGGUAGGUGAUAUUCCAAAGGGUUUACCAAUGCCUGAACUGCCGCGAAUGGAUUUAGUUCCAGUGGUGGCGGUGGAUUCCAUUGCUAUAGCGAUUGUCAGCUUUUCAAUUGUCAUGUCUAUGGGUCUGACAUUUGCACGAAAGCAUUCAUACGAGGUGCGUGCUAAUCAGGAGCUCUUCGCGUUGGGCAUGGCCAAUUGUAUAUCCAGUUGUUUCUCUUGCUAUCCACUGGCAUGUUCGCUGUCGCGUUCCGUUAUACAAGAGCAAACCGGCGGUGUGACACAGUUAGCAUCACUCGUAUCGGCCACAUUGAUUAUAAUGACAUUGCUGUGGAUGGGUCCGUUUUUCAGCACACUGCCACGGUGCGUGCUGGCGGGCGUUAUUAUUGUCGCCUUGAAGCCAAUGUUCUUGCAGGCCAAAGAGCUUAAGAAAUAUUCGAAACAAGGCAAGUUGGAGCUGCUCACAUGGCUUGCGACCUUUAUACUGGUGGUAUUGAUUGAUAUUGAUUAUGGCCUCCUUAUCGGAAUUUUAAUUUCAUUAUUGGCGCUCUACAUAAAGGGUCUGAAACCAUAUUCCUGUCUACUGGGCACCGUACCCGAAGCUUCCGCCGUCUAUGUGGAUCUCAAUCACCAUCGCAACGCAGUUGAAGUGCCCGAAAUGAAAAUAUUCCGUUACGUGGGCUCACUAAAUUUUGCAACGAACAUGUAUUUCCGACGUUCACUCUACGACAUUAUCGGUUUGGAUAUGAAGAAGUUGCAACGCAAUAAGACAGCCAUACAACAGAACGGCAAAAACAUCGAAAAUGGUGAAGUGUCGCAAUUGAAUACAUUCAAUUUUCUAAUAUUGGAUUUCUCAAUGUUGGGUCACGUUGAUGUUGCGGGUUGCAAAGCUAUAACCGAUAUAAUGAAGGAACUUCAAUCGCUGGGUGUGCGUCUGUUCAUUGCAAGUCCAUCGGAUCGUGUUUACGAUACAUUAGUGCAUAGCAUGGCGUUGGGCGAGGGACCGUUUGAAACUUUCCCCACACUGCAUGAUGCUGUGGAAUAUGCCAAAGCUUGCCGUCUGGCAUGAGACUUAAUGUACAGACUUGCAAAUGGGCGUGUAAGAUAUAUAAAUUAUAAUGCCUAAAGCAUUAUGUACACUGUAAAUAAAAAUAGCUGUGAAGGAAACUUGGGGAUGCUAUCUUCGCUAAUAACUAAUAAAUACAGUUGCGUAGGGCAAUCUAGGAAUUUUAUAUAUAUUUUAGAGAGCUUGUACCUUAAGUGAGUGUUGACAAACAUAAAAACCAUAAAGAAAUAAUAAUAAAAUUUAGACAAAUAAAACUUAACAAGCGUGCUUAUAGCAUAUUGUUAAACAAAUUUGUUAGUAAUAGGUAAAAUUUAUUUGAUUUGAAAUGUUGAAUAUUUUUCUUUUGAGUUGAAAUUGAAAUUGCAACCACCUAAUAUAAAAUAUGUAAAAGAAGUUACAACGACGUUAACUACAAAAAAAAAAAUAUUUUUGUAUGUAUAAAUACAAAAUAUCUACAGAAUUAAAAAAAAUAUAUAUUGUAAUAAUAUAAGUUAAAAACAAGUUAGAAAUUAUAAAUAAAUAAUGUUACUUUUUACAUACAUAUGUAUGUAUAUAAAAACAUAUACAAUUUUAUUUAUUAACAGCAUCUAUCUGUGUCCACAAAGUUUAAACGAAACAUACAAUAUGAAAAUCAAACGGCGACCCCAACGAAUUAUUACAAAUUUUUUAUUUAAUAAUUAAAUAUUAAUUUAUAUUAAAAUAUAAUUUUAACACACAAACUUUUCUAGAAGUGCUUUAGUUUUAAAAUUUAUGAAAACCGACUUCUUCUGUUUUACCUUGUUGACACAGAUAUGUGUUAUGUAAAUUAUAAAUAAAUACAUGCAAUUAUUGUAAAAUAUGUACUUAGCAACACAUACAAUAAGUAUGUACAUAUGUAAAUUUAUAAAAAAAAAAAAUAAUACAGAAAAUUUAACUGUUGAACAAAAAAAGUCAUAACUUAAUUUUAAAUAGUAAUUAAGAAAGAUUGGGCUUAUAUAAAAAUAUAUAUAUACAUACUAUAUAUUUGCUUUUUUUAAAGAUGUGAAUCAAUAAAACUGUACUACCGUGUAUAACAAAAAAAAUAUUUUACGAAAUUUCGAAAUAUAUUUUUUUUUCGUGGAACAUUUGUGGAACGUAGGCUUGUGUAUUAGUUGACAACUUUCUUUGAAAGCUAUACAAUUACAUAAAACAAAUAAAAAAUAAUACGAAAUUGUAAUAUGAAAUAUAAAAAAAAAUUGUGGAAUGUAAGGUUAUGACCAAAAAAUAUAUAUAUGAUACAUAAAAUCCAAAAUUUAUAUAUUUUUCUUAAUUUAACCUAAUUUUUGUUUUCGCAUAUUUUCCCAUUAUAAAGAUAAAAUUCAAUUUGUGAUACAGCUCUGUUAUUAGGAUGAAUUUUUGUAAGUCAAUAUGUAAUUAUCAAUGAAAUUUUUUAUUAUAUUGAAUAUCAAAAAUCUUACAAAUUUUUAAAUAUUUAAAAAAUCUGGGUUCAUCCAAAAAAAUAUUUAUAUUAAUUGUCAUUAAAAAGGUUGGGUACCAAUUAAUUACUACUGCAUAUGAACAACAUAAAAAAUUAUACGAAAUUUUGAUAUAAAAUAUAAAAAAAAUUGUGGAACGUAAGCCUAUGCGCGAGUUGAAGACUUUACUUUAAAGCGAUAACUAUAAAAAAAUGGAAAUGAAAUUUGAAAGAAAAAAGUUUAAAACAUACAAAAUAUUUUCUAUUAAAAUUUAAAAAUCUUCAUUGUUGUUUUUUUAAUCUAAAAGCUUGUGAAAAAUCAUAAUAAUUAAACCUAUAAGUUCUCAAUAAUAUUGCGUACAAACUUUCUACAAAUAUGUGAUGUAAUUUGUGCAUGAGUAAACGCGUUGUGCAAUAGUAUUUGAAGUAAAAUAUUAUAUAAGCAUAUAUUUAUAUAAGUAACCUAGUUAAAUGAGACUAUACGAUUAACAAGUGCCUCCAUAAAAGCCAGCCAUAUGAGGUGUCUAAAUACUACAGGUGUACAUACAUACUUGUAUAUAGAAAUGUGUAUUUAUAUAGAAAAUGGUGCUUUGAACUUAAUUAAUUACAAAAAAAAAUUUAAUAAAAAAUACAUACCUGGAUUUGACAGUCAAAGCAGUAAUAUUUUCAAUGCAGAAUAUUUAAACAAAAAAAAAAUAUUUCAAACACAAUUUUGUAAUUUUUAAAUUUUUAAACAGAAAAUUUCCAAAUAAUUGUUUAAAAUUUCUAAAAGCAAAAGCCUAGAACUUAAUUUAUUGUGUUUUUUAAGUGGAUAUUGAAAAUAAAAGUUAGUCAAAAUAUAAAAAAAAUUGUGUUAAAAAUUUGAAUUUCUAAAACAUUUUAAAAAAGAUUUAUAUAACUCUUAUUGUACUUAAUUUACAUAUAUAUUUUGUACACCUCAAUGUUAUAACGACUACAAACAAGGAACUAUUUUUUUCAACCGCCUUUAAUUUCACCAAUAAGUUUUGUUAAAAGUAGUGGAUUCAAUUGUAAUUUUUUUAAUUUAAACCAAAAUGAACAAUUCUUAUAUCAUUUAAUAAUUAUGCAAAUGAAAAAGUUUAUAAGUUGUAUAUAUAUAUUAAAUUGUUAUAAUAUUAUAUUUUAGUGUAAUAUAUCUACAUAACCUUAAAAGUGGGGCGUAACUAUUUAGAUACAUAUGUAUGUACAAUGAACCGAGAUAAGCAUGAAAAAACAUUUUGUUAAUAAAAAAGAUGAGUAUUUUUUUCAAAAUGAAAA